CUCAGCUCUUGCAAGCUCGACUCGACAGCGAGGAGGCAGCGAUUUUAAUUCUUCACUUUUCAUCCUUUCAUCAUUUCAUCGUGUUUCCUUGAAUUUUAGGGGACACAGUCUGUUGGGCUGCGAAUCUACCAUUGGUAGCUUCGCUCUUAACGGCUUUUACCGUUUUGAAUUCGAUUGCUUCGACACGCUCGUUUUAACCCCGUUUUAUUAUCCACAGCGCAUAUCACGACCGCGGCCCGUCGCGACCCCCUGAGACGCAACAUCUCAAUCCGUCCCGAUCUGCGCAAAACAACCAACCUCGGAAUAUCGACAGCACCAACACCAACACCAUGGCUUCUGGAUACGACAGGGCCGCUGUCGUCUCCGGCGCCGACCUGGGCGAUGCGGCCAAGAGACGCAAUGUCCCGGGCACGCCGCAGCAGGUGGGCGUUCCGCAGGUCCAGCCUGUUGACGACAAGAAGAAGGCGAAGAAGCAGCCAUCAUUCCUCGAGGUCCUUGAUCAAUGGGAAUGGAUCAUUGCCCCGAUCGUCUUCACUGCUCUCGCCUUCUUCACCCGCCUCUACAAGAUCGGCCUCUCUCCCAUCGUUACGUGGGACGAAGCUCACUUCGGAAAGUUCGGCAGCCACUACCUGAAGCGCGAAUUCUACUUUGACGUUCAUCCUCCUGCCGGGAAGCUCCUCGUCGGCCUCAGCGGAUAUCUCGCCGGUUACAAUGGAUCAUUCGAGUUCAAGUCCGGUGAAACCUACCCUCCCGAGAUCAACUACACCUUCAUGCGCCAGUUCAACGCCUUCUGGGGCGCCAUCUGCGUGCCAAUGGCCUACUGGACCGCGAAGGAGCUGAACCUCAAGCGCGCCGCCGUCUGGCUUGUUACCCUCAUGGUUCUCUGCGAGAACUCGUACACCACAAUCAGCCGCUUCAUCCUCCUCGACUCGAUGCUUCUUUUCGGCACUGUUGCGACCACACUCUGCUGGGCCAAGUUCCACGGCCAGCGUAGGAACAGCUUCGAGCCCGAGUGGUUCUUCUGGCUGUUCAUGACUGGAUUGAGCAUUGGCUUCGUUACUAGCAUCAAGCUGGUGGGACUCUUCGUCACUGCUCUCGUUGGCCUGUACACUAUCGAGGACCUGUGGAACAAGUUCGGAGACACCAAGAUGCCUGUGACCGAAUUGGCUGCUCACGUUGCAGCCCGCGUCGUCGGCCUCAUUGUCCUGCCGCUUCUCGUCUAUCUGCUCAGCUUCGCCAUCCACUUUGCCGUGCUCACUAACAGCGGCCCCGGCGACGCUCAGAUGUCUUCACUUUUCCAAGCCAACCUCCGGGGCACCGAGGUCGGCAGAGACAGCCCAUUGGAGGUUGCUUACGGCUCUAUGGUCACGAUCAAGAACAUGGGCUACGGUGGCGGUCUCCUCCACUCCCACGUCCAGACGUACCCUGAAGGCUCCGGCCAGCAGCAGGUGACGUGCUAUCACCACAAGGAUGCUAACAACAACUGGUUUUUCUACCCCAACCGUGGCGACACACCCUAUGACGCCGCCGCCGACCCUCGUUUCAUCGCUGAUGGCGAGGUAAUCCGUCUUCUCCAUGCCCAGACCGGCCGCAACCUGCACUCGCACCAGAUCGCUGCCCCUAUCAGCAAGUCUGCCUGGGAGGUUUCGUCGUAUGGUAAUGCCACUAUCGGCGACGCGAAGGAUCACUGGAAGAUUGAGGUUGUCAGCGACGCCGCGUCUUGGGACCGGAGCAAGGUCCGCACUCUUACGACCGGUUUCCGCCUAAAACACGAUGUUAUGGGCUGCUAUCUCCGCGCAGGCAACACCAACCUGCCGCAGUGGGGUUUUAAGCAAAUCGAGGUUACCUGCACCAAGGAGAACAACCCCCGCGACACCUACACGCACUGGAACAUUGAAUCGCACAUCAACGAGAAGCUGCCCCCUGGUGACCCUGGCCAGUACAAGUCCCCCUUCCUGAAGGACUUCAUCCAUCUGAACGUUGCCAUGAUGACCUCCAACAACGCCCUGGUCCCCGAUCCCGAUAAGCAAGACGAUCUGGCCUCGCAGUGGUGGCAGUGGCCGAUCCUGCACGUUGGCCUGCGCAUGUGCGGCUGGGACGAUAAGAUUGUCAAGUACUUCCUGCUCGGCAACCCUCUCGUCUACUGGGGCUCGACGGCCGGCCUUGGAAUCUUCGCCCUGCUCGUUGUCUGGUACACGCUGCGCUGGCAGCGCGGCUACCGCGAGUUGUCGCAGUCUGAGAUCGACCAGAUCCACUACGCCGGUCUGUACCCGGUCAUCGGCUGGUUCCUGCACUACCUCCCCUUCGUCAUCAUGGCCCGCGUUACCUACGUCCAUCACUACUACCCGGCGCUGUACUUUGCCAUCCUCACCUUUGGCUUCCUAACCGACUGGUUCGUCCGGAACCGCAAGGCUGCCGUGCAGUGGGGCGUGUACGCCCUGCUCGACGUGACCGUCAUCGGUCUGUACGUCUACUUCAUCCCCAUCUGCUGGGGCAUGACCGGGUCGAACAAGCAGUACGGCUACAUGAAGUGGUUCAGCACCUGGCGGAUGUCGGAUGCAUGAGCGGGUCACCAUGUACAAGGGCUCAAGGGCGAAAAUGAGGAGGUGAAGGAGGAAGAAGGGUCGAGGAAUCUAAUGUCAUUUGGCGUGUACGAUGUCUGUCUAGAGUGGGAUAAAGCGGAACAGAAAUCCGACAGCAUGAUUGAACCGACUAUGCUAUCUCGUCUCUCAUCGGUGUUUUCUUAUCGUCUAGCUGCGCUGGCUGGACUGGGCUGGGCGGAGUCUAUCGGCUAGGGAGGAAUGCAUCCAAGCGCAAACAAUGCAUUACAUGGAGGGAUGGGGUUCGGGACGCAAGGGGGGAGUUAUGGCUACAUGCUGUGCAACUUACGGCAGGGGAGGAGUGAAGGGGGCCGGGGGCUGUCUUGCUGUUUCUGCCUCCCGCACUGCACUCUAAUACGUCCGGACACUCAACUCUGGAUUUGGUCUUUUUUGUUAGACGGGGCUUGCUAGAUCUAUAUCUUUCUACAGUAGAACGAACUACUCCAUGAUGAUGCCACUAUUG